AUGAUGAUGAUAAUACUUUCUCAACAAUAUAAUAUAACAAUUGACGGACAAUAUCUUGAAUGGCAAUCAACACAAAUCAAUGGUAGUGAACUUGAUGCUGUUCGUAGUUUGUGUCAAGCACUUUCAAAUUGGAAUAUUGUUGGUAUUGUCGGACCAGAAUUAUCAAGUCAAACACCCAUAAUUGCAGAAUAUGGUGAAAAAGUUGUUCCAUCGGAUAGUGCUGCUGCAAUAGCACUUAUUAAAUUAUUUCUUCGAUUUCAAUGGAAUUCAUGUAUCCUUAUUUAUCAAAAUGAUGCAUUUGGAAUCGAUGGUUCAAAUGCAAUAAAUAAUGCAUUUAAUAACAAUAAUUUAACAGUAGUAAAUCAAAUAAUGUUCAAUAUAGAUACACUUAAUUUUCAAAGUGAUUUAAAAACUUCUUUAAUGUCAAGUUCAACACGAAUUGUCAUUUUAUGGGCUUCGUCGAUUUAUACAAGUUUAAUUUUACAAAAUGCACUCGAUGCUGGUGUUGUUGGUCCACAAUUUAUGUGGAUUUUAAGUACAAGUAUUUCAUUAAAUUCUUUUAAUCAAUCAUUUUAUCCAAAUUUAACUGGAAUACUUACUAUAGAACAAUCUAUAGCCAGUGUUGCUAAUGCACCAAUGAAUAAUACAUUAUUAAAUGCAGCUUAUAAUAUUUGGCAAGAAUAUGAACCUGAAACAUUUCCUGGAUCAACUCAAAAUAAUUCUUUAUCAUUAAUUCAAAUUUAUUAUUUAUUACAAAAUUGUCGAUCGUCUUCAAAUGAUAUAAGUUUUGUACCAGUUUUAUCAUAUGUUGAUUAUACUGGUUGGCAACAAUAUCAAGGUGAUAGUGUAAUUAUUUGGCCAGGACAAUCUUUAUCAAUUCCUACUGGUAAUGCACAACUUAAAGGUAUAACAUUACGAAUUGGUGUUAUUCCAUCAGAUCCAUUUACAAUGGUUAAGAUUGUAACUGAUCAAUAUGGACAAAAUCAAACACAAUUAACUGGUUAUUGUAUAGAUUUAAUUUCUCUUUUACAAGCUAAUCUUGGGUUUAUUCCAAACAUUCAAUUAGCACCAUCAGGUGUAACUUAUGAUGGACUUAUGGGAAUGAUACCUAGUGUUUAUGAUAUUGUUGUUGCUGAUACAACAGUUACUCCAGCAAGAAGAGAAGUUGUUGAUUUUUCUCAAGGAUUCUUUUCUAAUGCAAUAAGUGUUUUGAUGCUAACUAAUCCUGCUGUUAAAAUUGAUCUUAUGGCAUUUCUAAAACCAUUUUCAACUAGUUUGUCGUUAUUAAUAUUAGGUAUUGUUUUAUUUUCUUCUAUGAUAAUUUGUUUACUCGAAAGACAAGAUAAUGAAGAAUUAAAAGAACAAUCAAUAAUAUCAUUAUGUGCAAUGAGUGUAUGGUAUACAUAUGGAACUCUUAUUGGAGGUUAUGCAGGUUUUGAUCUUCAAACCGGUCCUGGUCGUCUAUUAACUGCUGGUUUAUAUAUGUUAAGUAUAGUAUUAGUUGCAUCAUGUACAGCUAAUUUAGCAUCGGAUUUAACAAUACAAAAUUCUCAAUCUCUUAUAUCUGGACUUGAUUAUAUAAAAGCUGGAAAAAUUCCAUUUAAUCGUCUUGGCAUUCAAGUUGGUACAUCUAAUGAAGACUUUUAUUUAACAGAAAUUUCAAAUAAUCAAACAAAUUUUUAUCCAUUAUAUUCUAAACAACAAUUAUAUGAUAGUUUAUUAAAUGGUACAAUUGAUGCAGCUUUUAUUGGAAGUGGAACUGCACAAUAUAUAACUAGUAUAAUGUUUAUUGUAAUAUAA